AAUACCAAAGCGCGGCAGCAUAUCCGCCGGAUUGGAACCGGUCGCAGUCAAAUAAACGGAAUAAACGGCCACGCCACCGGCCACCUCGGCCCAGAUCACGGCGAUAUGGACCCCGAAGUGAGGCCGCUGCUGGGCCACCGCAUCUCUUCUCACCACAGCUCGGGGUUUUGGCGGCACCUCCUCCUUAACCCCCGCAGCAGUCCCGGCACUGACAGUCCGAAUCCGCUUGUCCGGUGGCCGGCCUACCUCUGGAACGUGACCAAGGUCACUUUGCUCAGCUCUUGGAUUAACAUCCUUCUCAUCUUCGUCCCCUUUGGUAUCAUUGCUGGCAUGCUGAAAUGGAGUGCCGCCUGGGUGUUUACGCUGAACUUCCUUGCCAUCAUCCCGCUGGCCGCCGUCCUCUCGUUUGCGACAGAGGAAAUUGCCCACCGGUUGGGCGAGACCCUUGGAGGUCUGGUGAACGCCACAUUCGGGAAUGCUGUCGAGCUGAUCGUCAGCGUUGUUGCUCUUCGCGCCGGCGAAAUCGAGGUCGUACAGGCCUCCAUGCUAGGGUCGAUCCUCUCCAAUCUUCUGCUCGUUAUGGGCAUGUGCUUCCUUCUCGGCGGAGUGUACAACAUGCGCGACGCCCAAGGUAACGGCACAGAACAGAGCUUCUCUCAGGGAACCGCGCAGACGACAUGCUCGCUCAUGGCGCUCUCGUCGGCUUCGCUGAUUCUCCCUGCCGCACUCUAUGGCGUCCUGGAGCAGUCCGAAGACCAUAAGCAGGCUAGCAUCCUGGUUCUGUCGCGCGGCACCGCCAUCAUCCUGCUCUUUUUGUACUGCCUAUACCUGUAUUUCGCCCUGCGGACGCACAAGAAGCUGUUCGAGCCCGAGGCGCAGAGCGAAGGGGGCAGCGGCGAGGAGGAGCACGAGCCGGUGCUUGGCCCUUGGUCGGCUGCGCUUGUGCUCGUGGUGGUGACGCUGAUCAUCUCGGUAUGCGCCGACUACAUGGUCGACAGCAUCGACGCCAUAGUAGCGUCAGGCAAGAUCAGCAAGACUUUUAUCGGUCUGAUUUUGAUUCCCAUUGUCGGAAACGCGGCCGAGCACGUGACGGCCUGCGUGGUAGCCGUCAAAAACAAGAUGGACCUGGCCAUGGGGGUCGCCAUUGGCUCGAGCAUCCAGAUCGCGCUCCUUGUCACGCCCGCUCUGGUAAUGCUGGGCUGGGCCAUUGGCCAGCCCAUGACCCUUCACUUUGGAGCUUUCGAAACUGUUGCCUUUGCCCUCUCAGUGUUUGUCGUCAUCUACACUGUCCAAGACGGCAAAUCCAACUACCUCGAAGGAGCAAUGCUCCUCGGUCUCUAUGUUAUUAUCGCCCUUGCCUUCUGGGCAAGUCCGGCUGAUGCUCUAUCCGGCAAACCUUCGAUUCCGGGUUUCCGAUCUUGAUUUAAGGCCCAUUUUCGACAUGCAGCACAUCACGCCCUGGCGGGCUUUUCCUUGUUUCUUCCUGCUUCCCCUUUCCCCUGUGCCCUGUGCUCUCUCGGCUCUGUUACUCCCGGAAUUGUACAGUACACUAUUGAUACGUUUUUUUGGUUGGCGGCUUCGUGUCUGCGAAUAUCAAAGCAAAAACGGAGGCGGAUUUGGCUUAGGCGCGAUUGAAUAUGUACAAUAUGUGGUGUUUGAUGUGGAGCGUUGUCCUUAAUACUUAACAAAGGCGUUGUCUUCAUUCCCAGGCUUCUCCUUGGGUUGCCAUGUAGCGCUGAGAGUUGGAUAAACUUGAAGAUUUGGCUGUUGGUGAAGUGCUAUCGAGGCAUUCUGCAUUAAAAGAGCUAGGUAUACCUUAGUCUUUAGCGUCGACCCGGCCACCCCUAUUUUAUGUCGUCGGGGACCCCUUCAGGGAGCUUGGAGAAUCAAGGCAUCCG